AUGCAGAGAAAGAGGCAUAAAGUACGAGACGAAGCAAGCUUGUGUACCAAAGGAGGCAUAGGGAGCCGAUACUACCAAUAUGUAGCGCAGAAGCGUCUACAUAUGUCAAAGAAGCUAGAAGAGGUCAGAUAUGCCUUGACCGCGUACUUACAUUGGCUGGGAGAGUCGACGCGUAAGGAUAAGACCUCCACUGGUGACCUGCCUAAGCUCUCAUUCCAUGAUCUCGACACGUACGAGCUACCGUGGGACGAGCUGAGCUCAGCGGUUUUGUAUCCUAUAGCGGGGUCAGAGUCUGAAUGGCAGUCUGAUGUUUCACCUUUCAGAAUAUGA